CCUCCGCCAGAAACCCGUAAACACAUUUCAGAAACGUGAGGCGGCCGGAGGUCACGUGCCGCGCGGGCAGCCAAUGGGGAGGAGGGGGCGGCGCCGGGAGCCUCCUGUAGUGCAGGGUUGCUGCGUAGAGUCACAGGGCGGGCGGCGAGGAGAGCGGCGGCCGGUUUGUGGCUGCGUGUGAGGGGGAAAAAACAUCCAGGAAGGGAACUAACCGCCGUCCGUUCAGCUCGAGCCGGGUCUGCGUCGAACUCCGCGGAGCUCUUCGACCCCCCCAUCUUUUAACCGCCAACUGCGUGGAGCGGACGCGGGGCUGAGGAAAGAAGGGGUAAUGCGUUUCUCGCUGGAGGCCAUCGCCACUGCCACCGGAGCUGCUGCCGCCUCCACAGCCGCAGCUGCCGCCUCCACCGGGUCCUAAAGCCGCCGCUGCCUACGGCCCCCCGCUCCCCUUGGCUCCCCUGUUCCUCCUUCUGUAUAACCCCCCCUGAGGGUGUUUUCCCUCAGUGGUGGGACCCCGGCUCGGCAUGAGCCGCGACGCCGACUUCAUUUAUUCCUGAACAGCCGGUCUUCCCUCCGACUUAUCUUCCCCCACCCGCCGCCUCAACAUCCACCGGCCUCCGCCGCCAGGAGAACCUGUGAGGGGAGUAACCGGGCGCCCCUCGGAAGAUGGGGGUGAACGCGGUGCACUGGUUCCGCAAGGGGCUCCGGCUCCACGACAACCCGGCGCUGAGGGAAGUCAUCCAAGGCGCCGACACGGUGCGCUGCGUCUACAUCCUGGACCCCUGGUUCGCGGGCUCCUCCAACGUGGGGAUCAACCGGUGGAGGUUUUUGCUUCAGUGUCUUGAAGAUUUGGAUGCCAACUUACGAAAGUUAAAUUCUCGUUUAUUUGUGAUUCGAGGGCAGCCUGCAGAUGUGUUUCCCAGGCUCUUUAAGGAAUGGAACAUUACAAAACUUUCUAUUGAGUAUGACUCUGAGCCAUUUGGGAAGGAGAGAGAUGCAGCAAUUAAGAAGUUGGCUAGUGAAGCAGGAGUGGAAGUCAUUGUACGAAUUUCACAUACUUUAUAUGACCUAGAUAAGAUUAUAGAAUUAAAUGGAGGACAGCCACCCCUUACCUAUAAGAGAUUCCAGACUUUAAUAAGUAGAAUGGAGCCAUUGGAGAUGCCUGUGGAAACUAUUACUGCAGAAGUAAUGUCAAAGUGUACCACUCCAGUUUCUGAUGACCAUGAUGAAAAAUAUGGUGUUCCAUCUUUGGAAGAACUAGGUUUUGAUACGGAUGGAUUGCCUUCUGCUGUUUGGCCAGGUGGAGAAACAGAAGCUCUUACAAGAUUGGAAAGACAUUUGGAAAGAAAGGCUUGGGUAGCGAACUUUGAACGACCACGAAUGAAUGCAAAUUCUCUUCUUGCAAGUCCCACGGGACUUAGUCCUUACCUACGAUUUGGCUGUUUGUCCUGCCGCCUGUUUUACUUCAAGUUAACAGACUUAUACAAAAAGGUAAAAAAGAACAGCUCUCCUCCUCUUUCUCUCUAUGGCCAGUUGUUGUGGCGUGAAUUCUUCUACACAGCAGCCACUAAUAAUCCACGCUUUGAUAAAAUGGAAGGCAAUCCCAUAUGUGUGCAGAUUCCAUGGGACAGGAAUCCUGAGGCUUUGGCAAAAUGGGCAGAGGGCAGGACAGGAUUCCCUUGGAUUGAUGCUAUUAUGACCCAGCUACGUCAGGAAGGCUGGAUCCACCACUUGGCCAGACAUGCUGUAGCAUGCUUCUUGACUCGAGGCGAUCUGUGGAUUAGUUGGGAAGAAGGGAUGAAGGUAUUUGAAGAAUUGCUCCUGGAUGCUGACUGGAGUGUGAAUGCAGGCAGUUGGAUGUGGCUGUCCUGUAGCUCCUUCUUCCAGCAGUUUUUCCAUUGCUAUUGCCCUGUGGGCUUUGGCAGAAGAACUGACCCUAAUGGGGACUAUAUCAGGCGCUAUCUGCCUGUACUCAGAGGGUUCCCUGCAAAGUACAUCUACGAUCCUUGGAAUGCCCCUGAGGGUGUCCAGAAGGUUGCAAAAUGUGUAAUAGGAGUGAAUUACCCUAAACCAAUGGUAAAUCAUGCUGAGGCAAGUCGCUUGAAUAUUGAAAGGAUGAAACAAAUCUACCAGCAACUAUCACGAUACAGAGGAUUAGGUCUGCUUGCAUCAGUGCCUUCUAAUGGGAAUGGGAAUGGAAAUAGUGGCCUAAUGGGAUAUUCACCAGGGGAAACCCUUCCUAGUUGUACCAAUGCCAGUGGUUACCCUCAAGGGAGUGGUAUUUUGCAUUACGCUCAUGGGGAAGGCCAGAAAACACACUUAAUUCAGCAAGAGCAUCUCUUGUUGCUGGAAUGUGCACUGGGAAACGUCCAAAUCCAGAAGAGGAAACUCAGAGCAUUGGUCCCAAAGUCCAGCGACAAAGCAGUAAUUAAUUGGGUAAAAAUAAGAACUCUGAAGGAAGAUAUUAAUGAUAGAAAACCACAUGCUGAUGUCAGAAGGAAAAACUAAACAUGCCUCCUGAAUGGUUAAGAACAUAGCUUCCAUUAGAGGAGUGGACCAAAUAUCAUUGAACCUAACAUCCUGCGUGGCAGUGGCCAAGAGUCCUGACAUUCAGUUUAUGCUUUUAGCAGUUGCAUGGGACUACCAUAUGACUUGUAUUGCCAGUUCUGCUCCAUUUAGCUUAACUUGCCCCCACCCCUUAAAACUGUGCAUUAGCUUUGUCUAUUUUUUGAGCUUGCUGAGUGAUGAUAACCAUCCACUUCAGUCAUCAGGUAUUUGUGUAACUUUCUUUGAGCAGGGAAAGGGAACGAUUUUGUUUAAUUUGACUCCACUCAUUCUUAUGCUCUUAUGCAUAGUUUUUGUACUGAGAAAGUGGAAGUUUCCUUUCAUUUAUUACCAUUACGUUAUACAGUUGUCAGUCCUGCAACUUGUUUUUUUCCUCCCUAAGCUGCAGCAGGUCUAAGAUACUGUCCUGUUGGCAGCUUCGAAUCUGCACCCUCAUAAAUAUUCAUGUUCUGCUCUCCCCCUUUAGAGAUAAUAUCCAAAUGCAUACCCAGUGUAAACACUGCACAUAGAUUUAGCUAGGUUGGUUGCAGUAUUUUUCUGUAGUUCUUGCACGUCUUUAUGUUGCUGCAAAUGUGCAUCUGUAGGCCUAUGAAGUGUGCAUUUAGAAUAAGUAGCCAUGCCUGCUCUGAAGCAUAUUUUGUACUGAAGCAGUUACUCUGUUCUAGCCUGUUUAGAAUAGCUGGAGCCAUGUGUUUUCUUCUGCAGCUGUAGAACAGGAUUUGGAGCAGUUAACAGAAAAUUAUUCUGUACAACAAGUUACUUAAACGUCCGCAUAGUUGGGAAAUCUCACCUAUCUUUCUAUGACGACCAUACCAAGAACCCUAAAUAUUCAUAUAACUGCUGAGUAUUAUCAGCUGACAUAGAAGGGUUGAACAGUUUAUUUUGCUGUAUUUUUCUCUGUAUGCCUGAAAUAUUUAUUGUAAGUAUGAAGAAUUGCUCCAGCAAUUAUGUUUUGAUGUGUCACCUCAGUUCUGAGUUUUGUUUAAAAUAUUGUGGCAUUGUGAUCUGAAAUAUGCCAUAUCGGUAUUAUGGAUAAACAUAUUGUCAGACUUCACUUAACAUUGUGCUUCCAUCAAAUUCAAUCCAUUUUGCCGCUCUACACACUCCUUUGCCUCAAUCGGCAGCUUCUUGACUAAUUUACAAGAUAUAAAAACAGCCAUCUAUUUGCCCUGCACUAUUUAUAUUCUGUUCAAGUUUUAUUAACUCCCUCCUUUAUUUUACACUUUGAGGCACACCAAAGGUUGUAGGGCUAUACCUCAGUGGGAGAGCAUCUGCUUUGUAUACAGCAGGUCCUAAGUUCAAUCUGGCAUCUCCAGGUAGAGCUAGGAGAGAAACUGUGAAAAGCAGCUGCCAGUCUGUAAGCAAUACUGAGAAAGAUGACCAAGUGCUCCAAGUAUAAGGCAGCUUUCUGUGUUCCUAAGAUCUAGACUUAUAGGUCAAGUUCUUAUGGCUAAUUUUGUCAUAUUAUCUCUCCAAUAGGCCUCUAGAAAAACUUUACUUUUGUGAGUUACUGAAAGUUUAACAUAGCAUUGUGUGGAUCAUGUAAAAUUUGGUAGCUUACACAAGUACUGAAGAUUGGAAAAAAAGACCAGUCUGCUCUUCUUAAAAACACAAAAAAUGCAUUCUGUAGCUGCCCAUUAUAUUUGGAAAUAUUUUUUACCUACUCAGCUUUCACAGCAAAUAUUUGGCUGCAGUCCAUCACACACUUCCCUGGGAGUAGGCCCAGUUCAACUCAGGGGGGCUUAUUUCUGAGAAGACAUGCGUGUAAUUUCAUUGUUUGCAAUGCAUGUAUGUCUAUGGACAGUUGUCUUUUGCCUCUUUUUCUUACCUGUUAUUUUUUGACAGGGCUGUUUACAAUAUAAAACACAAAAAUAUUUGGCAUAAUAAUGAUAUACAUAAACAAAUAAUAAUAAUACAUAAUUACACACACACACACCAUUUAAAAGGCCACAGAUAAUUUAAUUAGCCAAAGGCCUGGGAGAAGAGGAAUGUUUUUGCUUGGAGCCUAAAGAUAUGUAACAAAAAAAGUGCCAGGGGAGCGUCCUUAGGGAGAGCAUUUGACAAGUGGGGAGCCACCUCAUAAAGGGCUCAUUCGUGUGUUGCCACCUCCAGACCUCUUGUGUAGGAGGCAGAUGAAGAAGGGCCUCAGGUGAUUACUGCAGGGUCUGAGUCAGGUCAUACGGGGAGAGGCAGUCCUUGAGAUAUUGUGGUCUUCAGCCGUUUACGACUAUAGGUCAGAACCAGCACUUUGAAUUGGGCCCAGAAACUAAUUGACAGCCACUGCAGUCGGGCCAAGGCUGGUGUUAUAUGCUCAAACUAUCUUGUCCUCGUGAACAACCUGGCUGCUGAAUUCUGCACCAAAACUGGGCCUAAACCGCAAUUGAAAUGGAUCUAGAAAAUUUGUUUCCUCCAAGAGUGCCUAGAUCUGGUCUGUGACCGCUCAUUCAAUAACCUUGCCCAAGAAGGGGAAGUUGGUAACUGAGCAGUAAUGACUUAGAUUACUUGAGUGGUUUUACCACUUCCUCCUUCAAGUCAUCAGGGACCACUCCCUCUCACAAGGAGGCAUUAAUCAUCUCCCUGGCCCAGCAAGCUGUCCUAUCCCUGCUAGUUUUUAUCAGCCAAGAGGGGCAAGGGUCCAGAACACAAGUGGUCACCCUGAUUGAUCCAAGCACCUUGCCCACAAUUCAUUGAACAUAACAGGAUUAGACAGUGCUCUGGACAUCACUUACUUGUGUUCUGAAAUUCCCAAAUCACCAUUCUUUUUUGUUCGGACUUCCACUGCUAGCAAGAAGCUACACAUUGUAGUCUUACGGCACCUUACAUGCAGCACAACUUAUGCAAGUGAUGAACCAGUCAUUAAAUUAUGAACAGACAAUGUAUGCAGAAAAUGUGAUUCAUUACAUAUAAAACAUAUUAACAAAUAUUAAAAUGUAUGCAAGGUAUGGUAACAAAUUUCAGAAAGAGAAAACAUAUAAUAUUUAUUGAGAAUUAAUUCCUAAUGGACUGAUUCAUUUUUGUCUUGCAGCUUUGCUGAAAGAGAAGGAUCCACACCCUAAAAUUUCAGGGCAAAAUUAUUUCACUUCAUAUUGGAAUUAAAAGUUUUUGUGAGAGUACUUGUAUUAAAAUGUGCAUUUUCAUGCAUUUAUUUUCACACAGUCUAAAUGGUUGUAAACAAGUAUGUUUUUUAAUGCAUUGUUUCUAACUGGUAUUUCUAUGGUUUUUAAACUUUUAAUGACUCACAAAGGGGAAAUAGAGAUUUGUAAAUAAAGCAUUUGGUGAUGAAUUUGGUAACUUACUGUAAAUAUAAGCAUUCAUGAUUAGUGAUAGACUCAUCAAUAUAUUUUUGAUAUUUCAUGUAUGGCUUUCAGAAAAGGCUUUAAUUGGAUGGAUAUAAAACGGAAAGUGUCCAGACAAUGAUGACCUUCAUCAUUUUUAGAUUUAAUAUUUUUAGAUUCGGGGCAGGAUUUUUGACCCCUUUAUGAACCAAACUGUCUUUUCAAAAUGGUCAGCUCUUAUAUGUCUGUGUAUAAAAUAUGAUAGAGAUGUUACUCUAUGAAAAUACAGCUGUAUAUAAGUCUCAUAUGCCAAUAUUUUGUUAAACUAUGAAGUUGUCAUGUCUGAUGUUCUGUCCUUGUAUUUCCCACUGCCUUGUUCAAUCACAGUGAGGAUGCCCUUGUUAAUAAAAAUGUAUAUACAGGU